GGUAACUCAAAGCAGAACAAAAUGGCGGCUGGGUUUAGCGGAGCAUUACAACUUACAGAUCUGGACGAUUUUAUUACUCCUUCGCAGGUAAAUGCUUAUUGUACACGUACAGUCGAAGUCGUAAGUGGUGAUACAACACAACUGUGUUUUUUUUUUUCAACUGCAGGAAUGCAUUAAGCCUGUUAAAGUAGAGAAGAAACCAGGCCAGGUAAGAUAUGUCGUACUAUAAAUUCAGUUUUUAAUGUUAAUAAUUUCCUAAGUAAAAUGGUAUAAACUGUGCCUCGCUGAGAUGGGGAGACCUUUCUGAAUAAUUUGAGACAGAAAAGGGAACAAGUCAGACGCUGGAGGAAACUUGCAAAUUAAAAUGAAACGUCAUCACUAAGGCUCCAGGUAUCCUAUAUCUCCUCAUCAGAUGACGUGGUUGUGAGGUUCCUACGAAAGACCCACAAUGGGCUAUUUCACUUAAUAUCCGCACCCCUCGGUUGAGGAACCAUGGAAUUCUCCAGGGGUAAGUUAUAAAAAUUGAGGAUUUCUUUAGGGGUAGAGUAAAACAAUUAUUGAAUUCUCUGGGGGUGAAGCUUUAAUUUUCACGAAAUUCUUCAGGGGUAAACCCAUAUUCUUCAGGGGUAAGCCCACAUUUUAUUGAAGUCUUCGGGGGUGAAGGCAAUUUUAGCCAAUCUUCAGGGGUAAGAAGAAAAGGUAAGUCCUCACUGGGGCGGGAGGGUCGGGUUCAUCUGGAUAUUAAAUGCAAUAGCCCAAUAUUAAUAAUAGCCCACCAUAGAUUCUAUUACAGAAUUCAUUAUUUAUUUGAAAAUUAACUCCUUCAGCCAUUGCCAAGAUCAGCUUCCUUUCUUCAUUCCUGUGUACAUUAUGAACUUACAGUGAAUUCACUUGUGAGGUAUAUUUAGUUAAAAUUUCUGUCGUCUCAACUUACAUAUAUAUGUAGUUUCACUUUUUACUUGAUGUAAGUGUAAAGGAAUUUUAAUGGCUGUAUUUAUACCUGAAGACAUUUAAUGCGCUUUGAUUUUAUUUACCAUCCAUGGCAGUUGGCAAAGAUCAAGAUUGAAGAUGAUGGUAGUUAUGUUCAGUUGUCAGAGGUAAAAAUAUCUAGCUUUCUCUCCUUUAAGGAUGUGCUUUAAAAGUAAUUUUUCAACAAAUAUGCUGUGAGUGAUCAGAUAUAGUUCAUAAAUUGUGAACCUGGUUGAUUGUGAUGUAUAUGUCCUAUAUUUACAGAGUAAGAAAACUUCUUACUUCCCUUUGUACAGUGGACAAAAUUGUUUAAUAAUUAGUUGUCUUUUAAACUGUAGCCAUCUUGUGAAAUUUUUUUCAUUGCCUGGAUCAUAUACUUCAUAUUAAGAUCUGAAUGCUCAUAAAGAUUGUUUCUUCUUAGGGCGGCGAGAAAACCAAGCUUCAAAGAGCCCAGAUUACCUUGAACGACUGUUUGGCCUGUAGGUAUGCAGCAUUGUAUUAAGAAAAAGCGUCAAGAAAAAGUGGAAAAACUGUAGUGUAAUAAAUGGAUUUUGUCUCAAACAGGGUCACGGUUUGAAAGCUUUGGUAACACACCCCAACCCAUUACUUCCCUUCAGUGCCCCCCUCCCCCUCCCUAGAACCUGGUAUUCAGUCAUCAUGCAACUUAUAAUCUAACAUUUGUAUAUAAAAUUGUCUGUUUCUAGUGGCUGUAUAACAUCUGCAGAGAGUGUUCUGAUCACACAACAGAGCCAGGAGGAGUUGUACAAAAUUAUAGCAAACAACCAGAAACUUGCCAAGGUACUUUAUGGUGGAUAAACAACAACAAAUAUUCAAAAAGUGAAAGGACUUGUUUUUGCCUGAUGGAUUCAGGAGCAAAUUAUUGGGUGAUCUCCAAAAAAAUUAUUUUUUUUUGCGAUCCAGGAGGUAUUGAAACUCAUUACAGAGUUCUCUGCAAAAAGAGCUGCCAAAGGCACAGGUUUUAAAAAUUGUUGUCUUCUUAGGCUAUUUUGCUUAAAACAGAGCAGUCAAUCAAGUUUCCCUUGCAAUAUAUGGUUUGUUAAAAUGAAACCUACAAACUGGGUCUUUUGAUUAUUUUGCACAAGAGUCAUCUCUGUACUGAGUGAUAAAAGAAAACUCGGCAAAUUCCAGCAUUUCAGUAAGAGCAGGGGUGUAGCUAAGAGCCAGAUGCUAGCUAAAUGCAUCGGCUUAAGGAGAGGUUAUCACCGGCUCAAAUUGCUCUGGUAAAGUAAGACAUAAAUUUGCUGUUGAGUGAAAAAGCCAGCAAUAUAAAAAAAAGACUGCUUAGCGUUUUUAGCUGUUUCCCAAUUUUCAAUAUGAUUUUAUUGUUGUAAUUUAGCCUUAUACUUUUUUAUAUUAAUACUUCACAGUGAUUAGUAAUAAUACCGUAAAAUUCCGAAAAUAAGCCCUGGCGCUUAUGUUUUUCAAAGGCCCUUUUUGAGGGGCUUAUUUUUGGAGGGGCUUAUACUCGGAGGGGCUUAUGAACGGACUGGAGGGAAAUUUGUGUUUCAAAAUCGAUUGGGCUAGCUUGUAGUGGGAAGGAAAUUUACCAUUUUUGCUUUGUUUUCACUUUGUAUUCGAGGGAAAAUUCCAAGUACAAGCCCCCCAGGGGGCUUAUAUUCAAAGGGGCAAUUUAACUGUGGGUUUUUUGCGUUACAAUUUUGGGGGGCUUAUAUUUGGAGGGGCUUAUACGUGGAGGGGCUUAUUUUCGGAAUUUUACAGUAUGUUGGUCACUGACCUCUGUGCAUACAUCACAUCUGGUUGGUUGUUUAAAGAUCAAAAUGGUCUCCACCAAGUCUUAUCAUUCUAUUUUAACACUAGGAUGGAACUGUUGAAGGACAGAAAGUCAUUGUAGUUUCAGUAUCCCCUCAAUCACGAGCUUCUGUUGCAGCUAAAUUUAGAUUGAGUGUUGCUGAGGUAUGUCUUUUUAAGAACUAUACAUUUCUGAUUGAAAAUAAGUUUAAAGCACAGAAACAAAUAAUAUUAAAACUUAAGUCAAUGUUUUGAAAACCUCAUAAUUUGUUGUCUUUCUUGAGAUGACAUUCAUAUUCGCCAUUUUUAACAUUGCCCAUAAUGCACCCUGUUUAUGCCACCAAAAAAUUUUGUGUAAGCAGUGUCUUCAAUUUCUCAUGGAACAACUGUUAAUACCCUAGAGAAACUCAAAACAAAUAAUAAUUAUACAAAAUUUGGGGGUAAACGAGGUGUACUAUGGGUAAUGUGGUGAAUUAAUUCUUGUGACUGAUGAUUCUGUUAUUUAUAUAACACGUUCUACUGCUUUCCUUUGAAUGUGCUAAUUGCACAUAGGCAUCAAAAUUGUACGUACUUGUUCAUUACAGUUGAUAAAAUAAGUACCAUUAUUCUGCUCUAAUAUUUUAACGCCUAACAAUCAUGAGAAUACAGGUACCAAAUAGACAAGGGCUUUGAUCAUAAACAAAUUAUCCUCACCCAUACCAUGGAUGGACUACAAUGUGGAAUGUAUGUGUUGUAGUUAAUUUUUUAUGUCAGGUAAUUUUUUAUUUUCUUUUUUUUUUCAACUUCAUUAGCAUACAUUACCAUACCCAAAAACAAAAGAAAACCAAAAAUAGGCCACUUGCACUAAGAGGUCACGUGACCAAUGCUUCCUUUAGACAAUGAGUUGGAAUCUUGCUGAUGCCAAAAAUUGACAGAGGACAUAAAAAUUACCUUACACCUGAAAUUUGAGAGAAAACGCAUUUAAGGGAGAUAUUUUAUGGCACUUUGAUUUUUCAACAAAGUGGUAUGAUUUGUAUUGGCCGUCAUGUUGGAGGGCAUACGCUUGCCCUCCAACAUGGCGGCCAAAACUACGUUUUGCUUAUAUCUUGUUAAACGUUUGAUAGUUCCGCUCAGAUGUGCUGUAAACGUUCCCACAUCAACUUUUCAACAUUUUCCUUGAAGUUUAAGUGCAAAAAUUGUGUUCAGAAAGAGGAAAUUCGUAAGUUUAAACAUCACAUUUUGGUCACGUGACCAGCUACGAACUUACUCAUUUUAAGAAAAUGGUGCAGGUUUGAAAAACCAAGUCACUAUUAUUUUGUUUAAGAUAUGACCCACUAAUCGUUUUUUGAAGAAAAAACCAUAUAUCUUUCAUUUUCAUAGAAACAAUGUCACAUGACCUCUUAGUGCAAAUGGCCUAUUAGCUGCGAUGAAAAAUUAACUACAACAUAUGCACACUGAUCUUAGGUUUUAGUGGACUAGGCAAUAUCUUGGAUGACUAGUUUGCCAAUUUAUAAUUGAAAGAUCUUAAAUCACAAUUGAAGCAACUGCAUGACCAUAAAGAAUGUCCCUAAUUCUAUGGAAAUGACCAUUUUACAUUCCUUUUAAAUCUACCACCAACCAUGAACUUACCAGUACUUUUAAUUUUCAGACAGCGAAAAAGCUUACAAAGUUCUUUAAAGACUUAGGUAAGAUAAAAAGUUUCUACUUUACAUCUGUUGAUAGUACUUUGCGGGAAAUUAUUUUAGAAAGUAACCAAGCUCUUUUACUGGACUGAAAUGAAUCAUUUUCAUUCUAUAUUCAAUGUCAAAUUUCAGGUGUUGAUUAUGUAUUUGACAUCACCUUUUCUCGAGACUUCAGUCUGGCUGAAAGGUAUGUAAAUUGACUCUGUAGACCUAAAUUGAAGGGAAAAAUUACCUUAAAAAUAUGGGUCUUUAAAAGCAUUUUUUUAAUGAUUAGGAAUCAGAUAAUAAAAAAAAACUUAUCUUGUAUUAAACAAUAAUAUAAUACAAUAUUAUUAGACCCAGUCCUUAAAAAUCUGAAAGCAAACAAUACCAACUAAAAAAUACCUAUUUCUUUUUUCUUUCUCAGUCAAAGGGAGUUUGUACAAAGAAUGAAGGAUCAUCAGUCAGGACAAAAGAAUGGUAUUCCUAUGCUUGCCUCUGCAUGUCCAGGUAAGGGAAAUAAAGUUUUGGAGAUGAUUCAAUAAUGCCAUAUUUUUUGUAGAGUUUCUAACGGUAGGAUUGAGAUGAACACAUUGUAGUUUGAUCAUUGUAUAUGUGACAGGUCAAUAAAUUCAGGUUAAAAUUUUUUAACCUAGGUUGAAUCUCAAUUUCCUUUGUCUUCUAGCCCUAAUUAUUUAUGAAUUAGCCUUAUUACAGCUAGGACACAAAGGAAAUUUUAACCUGAAUUUGAUUUUUACCUGUAACAUGUAUAAAAUUCAAGCUCAUCCUCUGAUUUUUUUUGUUUCAUUACAAUGGAAGAAGGUAUUUUGUAUUUUGCUUUGAGUUGAUGUUUUUAGAUUAAUAAUCAUACAUAUAGCUAAUGUAAGGAAUUGCAAUAGGAGGAGACCUCGAACAGUCAGUUACUGUGGGUCCAGAAAUUCAAAUUCUUUAAAACAUUCCCCAAGGAAUACAACAGUCCUGUCAACGUGCGUUGAAAAAUUGCAUGAAAAAGUUAUUGUUUUUCACUGUUUUUUACUUGGCAGGCUGGGUAUGUUAUGCUGAAAAGACCCAUGGAAGUUAUGUUUUACCUUACAUAAGGUAUGUGCAGUGUACAAACAGCACUCACUUUAUAGUUCCGAGUUACACUUUACAAAUCUGACUACAACAAUUUCCAUGGUCUAUACUCUAAUGGACCAUCAGAAAUCUCGACCAAUCAGUGUUCGCCAUAAAAUCGCUUAUAUUACAAAAAGUGAGUGUGAAUCAAUGGCCUCCAUAAAACGUCGCGUUAGGACGUUUCUCAUUGAAGUCGUGCAAUGAACGUCAAAGAGAUGUGAUAAAAAGUGUGGUGAACAUGCAGGGCUGUUGUUUCGCUCAUCAAAGUCGCUUUUUUUUACUUUUUCCGUUGCAAUCGUUGUUGUGGUGAUGCAUGUGCUUGACGUUGUCGUUGCUGCCACCGUCGUCCUUGUCAAAGGUUCCGAAUACUAGUGAACUCAAAGAAAACAGCUUAUUCUCAAUCGUAGUGCUUUUCAUUUGCUUUGCAUUUUCAAGGUAAUUCACUUUUAUCUCUAAACAUCAGUUUGUCUUUUUUAGCACAACAAAAUCUCCACAACAAAUCAUGGGCUCUGUAGUGAAGAGCCAUUUUGCUGCAUCUUUAGGAAAAAGGUAAACUUGCUGGAAAUGAAUAGGAAUUUCCAUCGUUCUUUGCCAGAUGUUUUUACACUUUUAGUUAUGAAGUAUAUCAAGUCAGGGAUUCCUAAAGGGGAUGUUUGUGUAACGCUAAUGUUUCUUUUUAUGGGUUUAUUAACGAUGUCAGCAAAGGUUUUCAGGACUACUGUUCAAGAUAGCCUCCCUCGCAAAUGUUCUUUUGGCUCAUCACGCAAUCCUCCCCAAUGAACGCGUGACAAAACCCUAAGAACGUCUGCGUGGGAGGCUAGACUGAAGAGGGCACUUUGAGAAACAAACGAACAAACCAAAAUGAAUCAUGUUUGUCAAAUCAACCCAGUUUAAUGGCCUUAGCGUCCACAAGUCUCCUGUAGCUCAAUGAUAGAGUAUCUGGACUAGUCGGUAACCAGAAAGUCAUAGGUUCCACUGCUGUUGGGAGCACUUGGAAAUUUUCUUUAAUCCGAGCCGCCUGUGUCACUGACUGAAAAAUCAUCUUUUUUAUGUACUCACCUGGCUUAAAAUUCACUAUCACUAGUCUUAUCAUUGCGCAUAAAUAAUGUUGUUUCGUCUCUUUUCUUUCAUGAGGUAUUAAGUUUUCUGUGCCUUGCCAUUUUUCUCGAACAGACCUGACGAUAUUUACCACGUAACUAUUAUGCCUUGUUAUGAUAAGAAACUUGAAGCUUCCAGAGAAGAUUUUUAUAACGACAUAUACAGAACCAGAGAUGUGGAUUGCGUUAUUUCUACACGUAAGUUAUUGGUUAGCAUACUGAACCACUCUUAAUUCAGAAGAAAAACAACCACAGCAACUAAAGAAAAACAAGGGUCUCCUAUGGUUGGAGUAUGAGAGUAUCAGUUACUUUUAUCAGCCUAACUGAACAUUGUAGAUUGUGCAUGGGUAUUUGCUGGAAUACAAACUGGAAAUGGGAAUCAUUACGAAACCACGACAACGAAGGAAGUGAAACCGUUACUAACGUGUAUUUUAAUUCUUUCUUUUAAACUUCAUCUUGAUUAAUUCAACUCGCUCAAUGUGUCAAUUUUAGCGAAAUUUUCGUAUGACCUUGAAAUGAAAACGCCCGAGCAAAACAGAAACAACAAAUGAUUUGCAAUAGAACAAUUUUAUUGGUUUAUCGAACGGAUACAAACCUGCGUGGCUUUUGGUUGGUUAAGCGAACGCUCGGCUGAUUUUUUCCUCCUUUUUUCCCCAAUGCGGAGCCUGGUCCCAGGCUAGACGCGUUCGUUGCCCUUGCCGUCGGUCCAGCGUUGUUUCGCACGCUCUUUGAUGUCAGGUAUAAAUCCUUUAAAGUAAAGUUCCUGGACAGCAGGUGAUUGUGGAUGAAUAUGGGUUCAAUUUAUUGCUUCUUAGGUUAUUAACUCAUGGGUAAUUCAAUUUCUGUUUCGUAGUUGAACUUGAAAAGAUGUUCGAAGAAAAAGAAGUUAGCUUUACAGAGCUCGAGAAUGCGCAUUUAGAUAAUCUGUAAGUGUACCAUUGUUUUCUUGUGGUGUGACUCUUUCUUUUUCAUUUUUUUCUUUUUUGUUUUUCCUUUUUUCCUCUGAAAAAGCCCUCUCUAAUUUGUCCCCUUUUUUCUGUCAUGUCUAAGAUUCUCAAGUGUUGACGGAGAUGAGCUUGUUGGCCAUUCUGGCGGUGGUUCGGUAAGAGUGGUUUUUUAACCCUUUACUAAACGCUAAGAUCAAACUUUAAUUUCUCAUUUGCUGCCCUAUUCAUUUCUUAUAGAAGUAGCGAGGAGAACAUAUUCNUCUUUUUUGUUUUUCCUUUUUUCCUCUGAAAAAGCCCUCUCUAAUUUGUCCCCUUUUUUCUGUCAUGUCUAAGAUUCUCAAGUGUUGACGGAGAUGAGCUUGUUGGCCAUUCUGGCGGUGGUUCGGUAAGAGUGGUUUUUUAACCCUUUACUAAACGCUAAGAUCAAACUUUAAUUUCUCAUUUGCUGCCCUAUUCAUUUCUUAUAGAAGUAGCGAGGAGAACAUAUUCAACUUCGCAGCCAAAUAUAAAAUCCCAGCAGUAUCCAGCCAGGUUGUCUGUUACAAUUAUCCCAUUGUUCAGUUUUCCUGUAGAUCUCUUGUGGGUCAUUCGAACUAACGUGAUAUUUGAAAAGCUUCAGACUCGACUGAUCAUUCGGAUCAUUUCAGCUAACCCGACAAAGAACUUUGUGACUUUUUCGUAAAUCUCAAUUUGUUCAAAAUGUUUAGACUCAAGAAUGUCCGUAUGUUUGUCCUGUUUCACUCAGGAAGAAUUGUGCUGUGUUAAUAUGAUUUCACAUGUAUUUCAGGGAGGUUAUCUGGAACAUAUCUUGACUUUUGCAGCCAGAGAGGCAAGUUGUAACUUAUUAGUUUGAGAAAAAUUAGAGGAUCGUUACAUUCUUAGCAGUUUAUGUAUUCUUGGCCAUGUUUCCACUUAACCGUAAAGAAUUCCCACUUAGUAGCAUAAAAACCCUCUGAAGUUUGACCACGGUUGGAAAAGAUAUCACGAAGCUAACUUUUUUCCAUUUUCGUUUUCAAUGUUUUUUAAACUUUUACAGCUACACUGAGAAUCUCUGUUAAGUUAGCCUUCCACGCAGACGUUCUUAGAACUUCGUCACCCGUUCUUUCACGUGGGAAAGAGGCAGGAAAAAGGCGGGAAAAAGCGGCCGAAGCGUUUUCCUUGAACUUCUUUCCACCUCCCAUCGACCCCACGCACUUUCCUUUCGCCUCUGCCUAGUCUCCCAUCGGCACAAAGAGGCGCCAGUGGAGGAGGGAGUUGUAGCAAAUAAAAAUUCAAAUAUGAGAAAUGACGGGAUUGGAUGGCAUGCUCAAAAAGAACAAGAUGAGCAAAGCCUCCUUGCCAAAAAUCAGCCCUUUAGUGCAAAUUGUUUAUGCUCUGAUGACUCCAAUCCUUCUAAAAUUAGUUUGGAUCGUAAUGUUUACGAUCCAGGUCUAUGUUGCAUAAAACCUUCUUAAGACAAGAGGGCUCUUACCUCUUGUUCUGGAAUAAUAACCAAUUGUUUUGAAAUAUAGUUAGGAGUUCCCUUAAUCUUAAGACGUUUUUUUGCAACCCGGCCUAUUUUAGAAGGAUAUAUAAUUGUGGUCAUUGGAGCAUAAAAAUGCUUAUAUCUCCCCGCUAACUUACACUAACAGGCUAAAUUUUGGCAAGUAAACAUGUCUCAUCUUGUUCUUUCUGGGUAUGCCACCCUCUCCCAUAAUUUCACAAAUGUAAUUUUUGUGACGUCAUCACUUCUCUUUGUUGUUCAUACUCACUUGUGUCGUUUCAUUAGUUGUAUGGCAGAACGAUAGAUGAUAUCACUUACAAGACACUGAGAAAUAAAGACUUUAAGGAAGUCACUUUACAGGUACAGCUAAUGUCUUGAAUUGGUUACGACCGGAACAGUUCAAUGAAAUUUUAAUUUCCGGCGCCGUAGCCGUUGCUUUUAAAUUCCACAACAAUAUCACACUUGUGAAAGCUUUUUUGAGUUGACUCUUGGUAGAAUGAUAGUAAUCAUCCGUUUUUACUCUCGCAAGGUGGACGGUCAAGAUGUCUUGAAAUUUGCAGCAGCGUAUGGAUUUAGAAAUAUUCAGGUGCGUAUAUUGUGCCAGUGUCACUAGUAAUUUGCGCAGCAGUUAGCUAAUCUUUUAUAAAAAGAAACUUCUGUUAUUGUUUCUUUAUUCUUCAUUCCAAAAACUAUGAGGACGAUGGGUGAAAGCUGUCCGCUCAACCAUACCUGAGAUUGUUUGGGUGGACAAGGGUCACUUAUGAUUGGUUAAUGGUUGCCUUGAAUACCAUCGACCAGUCAUAACAACGCUUGUCUACCCAAACGAUCCCAGAAAUCACUGGCGACAAGGCUUGUACCCAUUUUCCCUGGAGCUUUUGUAGCGGGGAAUUACAACAGCUCAUUUUGUAUGAAAGUGAAUAUAUCAAAGUUAAACCUGUUAAACUUGUUUUGUCUUGGUAACCUAGCGUGAGAUCAUGCCCUUUCCUUAUUAUGCAUGGUUAUGCUUAACCCGUCUUUACUGAUUAUUAAUUAGUAUACUUUUUGUUCGUCUGUUUGUAGAAUCUUGUCCAAAAACUCAAGCGUGGCAAAUCUCCUUACCAUUUUGUGGAAGUUAUGGCCUGCCCAUCAGGUAUGACUCGCAAUUUAUUUCAUUUUAUUUUAUUUUAUUUGAUCAUUGGGUGGGUAACUUAAACCAUUGGUGCGUAUGAACGUGUAUAACAAUCAAAGUGAGCUUUGAAUACUAGUAAAAUAAACCUUUCACAGUCCCAUAUUUUUCCGUAAGAUCGUCAAGCGCUUUGCGUUACGGCAGCCAUCUUGGAUGAGUUUCAAACUACUUAUUAAGGGACAGGGGACGGUUUGCUAGGAAGCGUCUCCCAAUUAGUUUUGACACUCAUGCAAGAUGGCAGCCCGUAACGCAAAGCGCUCGAUCUCGACGAUCUUACGGAAGAAUAGAGGACUGUGGACAGUCUAGUUCUUACGGCCGCGGACGAAUUUUCGACCGGCUUAAAAAACGUCACCAGAUACUUUCCUCACACGGGAUUUACGCUCUAUUCACACGGAACUUGGCGUCUAAAUUUUCGUAUGCGCCCCUGUUAAAGUGGUGCCGUAUGAAGAGAACACCAAAACACACGAAUUUUUAACCGAUCGAAAAAUUGUCCGUUGCCGUGUGAAGGUUACCUUAAUCAGCCUGUUAGUUCAGGUGUCCAGUUAGUGGGGAGGUGAGUAAAAAGAAAUGGGCUCGUUAAUUCAAGGCAUAAACAUUAGCGAAUAUCUUUCACGCACAGAACAUAUACAGCUAUUUUGAGAUAGGUUGUCGAAAAAAAAUGUGCACGCAACAAUCCCGAAAGGUAACAUGGGAUAUGAACAAUACUCUGUUCCUGACGACUGUAGCUGUGGAACCUACUUUUGUUGCUUUCCUUUACCACUCGCAAUCACAUUUCCAUGGCCUUUCCUGCCAAUUCUUUCAAAUUUCUUUGAAAAACAGAGAACUCAAAACCACCCACAAUGCCUUUCGGGAUUGUCGCGUGCACUUUUUCCGACAACCUUUCUCGAAAUAGCUGUAGACGAAAAAGUAAGACGUCUUUAGUCAUUGGCGCCCUUAAAUGCAGAAGACCGCUCAUCUCCGAAAGUAUUGCUCUCUAAACUUGCCAAGUGUUUGUCUUACCCUGUAGCUUUGGUUAGGGGUGAAAGCAACGUUAUUCUGAAUGAGCAAUAGCUACAAGACUCCAAAAUAUGGCUGCUAAAUAGGGCUGAGAAGGUGUAAAUGUUUUUUGUUUGUCUUAUUUACCGUUACAGGCUGUCUCAAUGGAGGUGGCCAAAUAAGACCUGGCGACGGGGAAACGUCAAAAGAAUUGUUGAGUAGAUUGGAUGAACUUUAUAAUUCACUCAGGUAUCAACUGCUAGUUGUUUUUUCGUUUGUCAUUGCAUUUAUUGUCUCUUGGUCGUUCAAACUUCAGUAGCUCUAACCCGCUGUUACUGAGAGCGCAGGAGGUAUACUUUGACACAGCUUGGACUGAAUCGGUUUUGAAUGGUGAUAAGUUUCAAGUGGGUUGACUAAGAAAUGUAUCAAAAAUUGUGGCACACACUGGCUUAGUUGUUGCCCUGCUUACAGCUGUGCGUACUCUUAACCUAUCGCUUUUUGACCUUCCCGUUACCGUCGCCAUUGCUAAAGCUCCUUACUAACGCGCGAAAGACAAAUCAUUACCAGGAACAGUUUCGAGGUAAUCUUUAUUAGUUUGCCAUUUCUUUUCAGUCCAAAAUGCGACACUUUUCUUUUUUUAUAAACGCUAAACCGUAUUUUUUUUGUUUUUUUCGUAUUACAAUUUUGGAGUUGGUGCUAACGUUAAUUGUGUUUUCGCUUAGAUCAAGAAAACCAAGUGAAAAUCCAGCAGUGGAAAAGCUAUACGAGUGAGUACCUACAGUAGUCCUUUCAAAUUUAUCUGUUGGUUGUUUACGAAAAUAAAAGAUAAAUUAUAUCCAGGCUCUAUUUGUAUGUUGUUCUUGCCAAACUACUCUUUUUAUACUUCUGUACAUUUUUCAGUGAAUGGCUAGGCGGGGAAUCUUCUGAGAAGGUAGGAAUAUUCACGUCAGUUUCAUGAGAAAGAGCAACUGCUGACAAUUUAACUAUAUAGUUUUUAAAAAAUGUAGUAUAAACCGCCCAUUUUUAUUUUUUUGACUUCAUUUAUCGAACGUUCCUGCAUUCCGCUCCAGUGAGUUGUCAGCACACAAAGUGUAGCAAGGGGCGCGAUCCAUUCAACCAAAAUUCAGACCAGUCCGACCGGGAAAAGUGGUCCACCUCAAAAUAUGGACCAGUUUCUUCGAAACUUUUCCGGUUGGACCGAACCGAUGCUUUGAGUUUUAGACGAAAUUUGCGGAAAUUUUGGUUGAAUGGAUCGCGCCCAAGAUUAACGCUCGUGUGGAAAGUUUCAUACAUAUCAAUUUAUUUUGUCACCGCAAACCUCGGGUUUACAGGAAUGCGAGAACGAUCCAUUUCGCUGCCUUUGACAGAAGUUCUGUCGUGUCACAACUAAUUCAUCUUGUUCAUAUACUCAGGCAAGAGAGAUGCUUCACACAAAAUACCACGAAGUAGAAAAAUUAAACACAGCACUCAACAUUAAGUGGUAACUUUGGAUUAAAGGUGAAUGCUGACAUCGUUCCGUCUCACGUGGCUUAUUAGACGGAAUAAAACACCGGUGAUAAGACAAGAGAACUGCCUUUUUCAGAUUGAACAGCGCGAUUGUGUUGGGGACUGCCCGGGAGGAUCCUUCUGGUACAGAUAGGAAAGUGAAAGUAUCGGCAGACCGACCUUUAUACAUCACAUCAUCUCGUGCUGUUGGAAGCUGGA